AGUAUAUUUAUCAAAGGAUAUGUUAGUAAAAACACACAAGACUCAAAAAUCGGCUCAUUCUCUACCAAGCCAAAAAACCGGGUUUUAAUUGCCUUUAUUAAAUAAUCAUCAUCACACAAUCAAUAGAGCCGGAAAACGAAGUGGAGUAGUAUUUUAGAACCCUAAAACAAGCAGGCGCAGCGGUUGAGUUCCCCAAAAAGGCGGGUGUUAGAGUUGUCCGAUGUCGGCGAAAGAAAACGAGAUGCGCAAGCAAGGUGAUUCUGAUUGCAGUUCCGAUUCUGGGGGUGAUUCUGAUUGCAGUUCCGAUUCUGGGAGCGGAGCACAAGCUAUGACGCUAGCACUGAAACCGAAACACCCGCCGUCGUCGUCGUCUAAGGUAUUUAGCGACGAAGACUCAAUAACGCUGUUAAAGAGUCUAGCCGUUUUCUGGGCUAGUGGUAGAAAUAAUAAGUGGGCAGACUUCCACCGGAUCGUCAAGGACAAACUUUCCAAGCCAGAUUUCACGCGCGUUCAAAUAUCUGAGAAGGUCCGAAGUUUGAACAAAAAGUAUAAGACUAACUGGCAAAGAGGUCGCGUCCCCGACAACCCUCAUGAAUUGGUUGUGUAUGAGUUGUCCAAGCCUUUGUGGGAAGAUGAGAUGAAUCAAGAAAGUGGUAAGGGGAUGAAGAAGAAUAAAAAGAGGAAACGCGAGAGAAAUCCAACAUUGGAUGAAUUUAGGUCUUCCUAUCCAAAUUUAUAUGCGUCGUUCAAUAUGUUUGGAUUUCCUCCCAAAAUUGCCCGGGAAAGAUUUGUAUUGAUUGGGAGAGAGAAGGCACAAAAGCUUGAAAAUGAGUGGAAGCAACUCACUGAAGAAUUGCAUUGUUUAGAGGGUAAAAGGCUUGCCCUCUCAACGAAACCAACAGGCGACAAUUCAGAGGAAGGUUAAGUGAGGAGUAGAAGCGGAGGCUGCGAAAAAGAAGACUGAGAAGAUGAAGUUAUUUGAUUUUGCAAGUUAAUAUAUAGAACUUGGGUUAAUUGAUUUUAGUUCUUGGUGAUACUGAUUUUAUUACACUUUUUUAUGCAACUUUUUUGGUAAACUUUGAUGAACGAUUCUAUAGAGUAGGAAUGGUGCAUUUUCUGUCAAUUCUUGCAUAUUUUUUAUUUUUGUUCAACUGAUCUCUUCCUUUUUUUGAAAAGUUUGGAUCUGUAUGACUUUACUGUGAAAUGUUUAAAUCAAUCUUUUGAAUUA